AUUUGUUCCCUUUUUUUCGAUUUUUCUUUAUCUUUUCUAUGAACAUUUGUAGACAGAUAUGACUGAUAUACUUGAAAAAGAAUUUGGUUAUACAAAUGAAAAAUUUGAUUACAUUCUAUAUCAUCUACGUAAAUUAUGCCUUGAAUAUGGAGCUGCUUUGAUCUAUUUGUCAAUCAAAGAGGACAUCAAUACAAAUACUUUGGUUAAUUAUAUUAAACAUCGUCUAUUUGAUCUACCAUUGAAAAAUUCAGCUAUGCUAGUUGAUCCAAAAGCAAUUUUUAUACCGGCUGGUUGGGAUAGUUUACAUCGAUUGGAAUUAUUCAAAAAGAAUUUAUCAUCCAAUUUAAUUGAUUGUAAUUAUAAUCAGAUUAUUACAAAACCAUCGAAAUUAAGAAGAAAAACAUCAUGUGAUGGUAUCCAGAUCGAUUUCCUCUAUAAUCUUCAUAAUUGCUAA